AUGAAUUCCAAAGUUGAUUCCACCUCCACGUCGCCAGAAAACGUAGAUGUCGAGAAAAACAUCACCGCUGACGUCUCGUCUGCCCUUUCGCCCUCCACUACUCUACCAGUUCCCAGCCGCUUUAAGCGAUGGAACACACGCAUCGAGAACCUAGCUGGCUUCGAGGCUCGCGGCAUUGCUCGCGUCCCGCCAGAAGAGAGGCAGGCGCCCUCUACAACUGGAUAUAUCCAGAUGAUGCUGCUGUGGUUCAGCGCAAACAUCACGAUUAACAACCUUGCUGUGGGUUUACUGGGGCCGCUAGUUUUCAGUCUGGGGUUUACAGAUAGUGCGCUGUGCGCUGUUUUUGGGGCAUUUUUGGGUGCCAUGUCCACAGCGUAUCUGAGUACAUGGGGUGCAGAGAGCGGGAGUCGGACUAUGGUCGUGGCGCGAUAUUUUAUGGGCUACUACCCAUCGAAGAUCUGCACCUUCCUCAACAUCAUUCUCAUGCUUGGAUACGCCGUCCUCGCCUGCAUCAUCAGUGGUCAGAUGCUUUCGGCAGUCAGCGGGGGCAGCAUGACUAUUGCUGUCGGCAUCGUCGUGGUCGCUAUUGGCGUCUGCAUCAUCGCUGUCUUCGGUCUUGCCGUUUUCCACCUUUACGAGCGAUUCGCCUGGCUGCCUCAAAUCAUCGUUCUCUUCGUGCUCGUCGGUUCCGCAGGUCCAAACUUUGACACCUCCCUCCAAUCCGUUGGCAGCACGGCCCAGAUCGCUGCAAACCGCCUCUCCUUCUUCUCCCUAUGUUUCUACGUCCCGAAUUCCUGGGCAGCAGCAGCAUCAGACUUCUACGUCUACUACCCCGAAAACACCACCAAGUGGAAGAUCUUCUGCCUCACACUAACCGGGCUCACGCUCUCUUUCUCUUUUGUCAACAUGCUCGGCGUCGGCCUCGCCUCCGGCGUCACCACCACGCCCGCCUGGUCCGACGCGUACCACAUCUCGUCCGGCGCGCUCAUCACCGCCGGCUACGGCCCUCUCGGUGGCUUCGGCAAGUUCUGCGCCGUCGUCGUCGCGCUCGGCGUCAUUGCGAACUCCAUUCUUGGCACGUACAGCGCCGCGUUGGGUUGCCAGGCAAUGGGGCGCUGGGGCAAGGCCGUGCCGCGUUGGGUCUGGGCGACCUUCCUGGUCGUGAUCCAAUUGAUUUGCGCGCUGGCCGGUCGCAACGAGCUGUUCCAUAUCUUUACCAACUUUCUGGCCCUCAUGGGCUACUGGCUGAUGAUCAUGGUGUGCAUCGUCCUUGAGGAGCACCUCAUCUUCAAGCCGCGCCUCGGCGGCUUUGAUUGGGCUGCAUGGGAAGACAGGAGAAAGCUGCCGAUUGGAGUCGCGGCGUUGAUUAGCUUCUUGCUCGGGUGGAUGGGCGCCAUCUUGGGCAUGUAUCAGUUGUGGUAUGUUGGCCCACUGGCGGUUCUGAUUGGCGAUACCGGCGGAGAUGUUGGGAUGUGGGUUGGUUGUGGGUUCACGCUGAUUACGUAUCCGCCGAUGAGGUGGUUGGAGCUGAAGAAGUUUGGCAGGUGA